AUGAACACGUUAUCAAGCUUCUUGUCCAAAUUUCAACUUACAACAGUUAUCAUCUCCCUGAUUGUAGUCCAUACCUCAGCGAACAGCAACAAAACUUCGGAUGACAUUAAAGAUCUAGGAUCAUACGUUGGCUGCUUUCGCUACGUGACAUCAACUAAUGACCUCAUAUUUCCUUCCACUCUUAAAAGUUAUUGCAUCUCACGAUGUCGACUCGCAAACCUUAACCUAAUAGCCGUGUCUAAGUUUAAUGCUUGCCAGUGCGUCCAGACGUUGGGGCCCGCGGUAUCUUCUGCUCUGUGCAAUUAUAUCUGCCAGGCUGAUCAAUCUUGUCUAUCCACAAACUAUUAUUUCGUUUAUAGGAUCGGGCCUCAAAAGAUACACCACGCGUAUUAUUGUACUAACGAUAAGAUGAAUACGUUCGAUGUACAAGUACCAGCACAAACCUCUCUUGAAACGUGCGCACACAUCUGCUUGGAGCUGAACUACACAUUCUUGCAAACACUCCGCAAAGAAGUCUGUAGCUGCAUCAAGACUCUCGAAUACGGAAUCUUCCACAGGACAAAACUGACUUGUAACGAACUGGUUGAAAACUCAUUAGAGAUAAAAAAUUGUCACUAUACAGAGCAUGAAAACAAAACGACUAUCUACACGACACGUUUCAGUUACGAUUUUCAACGAGGUGUCUCGAGUUAUUCGCACUGCAAGAAUAAAAAAUACGAGAUAGCAGAAAAAUGUGCGGACGGGUGCAGCGAGGGUUGGAUGGGAGAUUCAUGCAGGAAUAGAGAUUGCAGGCAGAACAAUGGAGAUUGUGGCAGUGAGAUGAAAUGUGUUGAAGUUGUCGUUAACAAUCAGACGUACGUUGAGUGUGUCUGUCCGUACGGCACGGUUAGAACCAGAUGGGAUGUAUGCGAAGUUUUCAAAUUUAAUUUAGUUGAAUCCGACUCCUGCUCUCUCAGUUCAACAUUCUAUGAUAGAGCUCGCAAUAUUAGCAUGGAGGCGACAUAUUUGUCCGACCACUCAAUUGAUGGCUACACUGCAGCACAAAUUAACGACAACAUCGCCGCGUGGAUCGCCGUUACUUUCCAGAAAUUGUAUGCAAUUGGAUUCGUGAAAGUUUAUGGAAAGCUCUGCCAAGAUGAAAAAGACUGCAGUCGUCUCAAUAAUUUCCUAGUUAAACUCAGUACAUUAUAUGAAUUUGACAAUGAUUCCGACAUAAGAAGCUUGCUGGAAUUAUGUGGGAAGGGACCGGAUCAUGCUGUCCAAGCUGGGACUCCAAUGACAGUCGUCUGCAAAAAUUUCACCUUGCUUUCCAGGAGUCUUAUCAUUCAACAAUCAAAUGAAAAAUUUUCAUUGGGAAAUUCAGCAAUAGCAGAAUUAGAAGUCUUCGAAGUCGGCUGCGAUACACUGAACGGAAGAUGCAAAGAGGAUCAAAAAUGCACAGAAGAGAAGAUGCACGAUGCAACGGUCACAAAAUGCACAGAUCUGAACGAUUUACGCUCUGCUGUAGCUCCAUUUUAUGGAUGUUUCAGAUGGUUGUUGACGCAAUAUCACCUCAAUCGCUACGGUUUGUCUUACCAGGAGUGCCAAGAUGAGUGCAGAGCAAGGAAGUUCGACGUAGCCGCGGUGAAGGCUGGUAUAAAUUGUUCGUGUGGCAACCAAGUAACAGUCGGCGAUGAAGCGCCGAUGGAUGAUUGCAGAAAGCAGCACUAUCUUGCUUAUUAUAUCUACCACGACUGUAAAGUAAAUCAGUUUUGCGGUGCCACCACCAAAACCAACACAUCCGUCAAUGCAAAUACUACGGCGACCACCGCAGAACCUGACGUCAUCAGUAAAACGGAAUCUACCGACAUGAAUAAAAAAUUUAAAGACAACAAUAAUACCAAAUUAAUAAUCAUUGUAGUCCUAUCGCUGGCAAUAAUCUUAACGACAAUCGGCGCGGUGGUGCUCCUUAGAUCGAGAUUCCUGAGAGACAAGCGUGGAGUUGUCAUCGCUACCAUUCUUGACAGACACCGUCAUAACGCUGCAGCGGACAAGCCAGCGCCACUUUCUACCAGAAUUAUAAAUGACAUAUUGAAAAAGUCUGGCAGAGGGGUAGAAAAAGGAUCAUCUAUAAAUGACUCGGUAGCGAGUACAGCUAGUACAUAUGUCUCUGAGCCCAGUGGUGUUAAUACCGGAGAUACUACAACUGCUGCCUGGAGGUGCUGGAUGUGGUGGAAGCGUUGA